AUGGUGGGAAGACAGACGCUCCGAAUGGACAGCGGCACUUGCUCCGGGACGGUUGCGGACGAAAGCCCCGCGUCGAGUCCCAGCUCAAGCCCCAGUCCGGACGGUGGUCGCCGGGAGCUCCAGCGAGGCUGCAGCGGCGGAGGCGGAGGCGGCGGCGGCCUCGGCGGCCUCGGAGGCAGGGGUCGGCCGGCGGCGGCGAACGCGGCUCGGGAGAGGAGCCGCGUGCAGACGCUGAGGACCGCGUUCCUGGAGCUGCAGAGGACUUUGCCGUCGGUGCCGCCGGACACCAAGCUGUCCAAACUCGACGUGUUGAUACUAGCCACCACAUAUAUUGCCCAUUUGACUCGGACACUGCAGGAGGAAGGUGCGGAGGAGGGAGAGAGCAAAAAACAAACAGAGGCGUUACGCUCAUUGAAGGGUGAUGGCUACCUGCACCCAGUGAAGAAAUGGCCGAUGCGCUCCAGGUUGUACGUCGGGGCCUCCGGUCAGUUCCUGAACAACACACACUCCUCAGAGUCAGAGAAUCAAGGUCCAUCAUCGUCCACCUCCAAGAAAUAAAUCACUCUAUGGAGCAGUUUCACAAUUGCAUGAGUUGACGAUGUUUCGGGCCUCAUCACGUGUCCACUGACUGUAGAACAAUGAUCCUUCACCUGA